AUGAAGAGCCUUCGGAGAGAUUUCUCCUCGAACCCGCAGGCUGCAAAUGUCUCCAGCAAAGUAUUCGUGAGGUCGACCAAAAGUGGAAAGGUGCAAAAGAUUGUCCGCGAGCUCUACUUGCGACAGGAUAUUCCAUGCUCUUCAAAGCUGUGCACGAUAUGCCCGUCAAUUGCGCCGGCCGACGCCAAUGGAAACAUUGCGCCGUUCAUCCUCUCCGAUCGUCCCGCCGGUACCAAGGCCUUCCCGCGCGGCCACUACCUCGUUCCCGAUACGAAUGCGCUGUUGAAUGGAAUGGAUCUUUUUGAGCAUACGGGGGCAUUUUAUGAUGUGAUUAUUCUUCAGACCGUCCUCGAGGAGCUCCGGAACCAGUCGCUACCGCUCUACAAUCGCCUUCUUGCCUUGAUCAAGACCGACGAAAAACGGUUCUACCUUUUCUUCAACGAGUUUCGCCUGGAAACCCAUAUUCGGAGAGAGCCGGAUGAGUCGAUCAACGACCGUAAUGAUCGUGCCGUGCGCACGGUGGCCAGUUGGUAUGGAGAACAUCUUCGCGCAUCAUCGACAAAAGCGAAGAAAGAAAAGGCGGUGCCUGCAAUUGUGGUCAUUACCGAUGACAAGGACAAUCUUCGCAAAGCCGCGAAUGAAGGCGUAACCGCCUUGUCCUUGUCUGACUAUGUUGCCGGAUUGGAGGACUCGGAGAAGCUGUUGGAUAUGAUCAGUGAAGCCAGGGAAGCGCGGGAUGCCAAAGGCUCUGCUCGUGGGCAAAUGUUCUAUCCCGAGUACUAUUCAAUGUCGAAACUCACGACUGGUUUGCGAGCCGGGACGCUCCACCAGGGUGUCUACAAUGUUUCGCCUUACAACUACCUAGAGGGCUCGGUCAAUGUUGCAGCUUUCGAUAAACCGCUUCUCAUUCUGGGCCGUGACAACAGCAAUCGUGCGAUUGCCGGCGAUGUCGUUGUGAUUGAAGUCCUUCCUCAAGACCAAUGGAAGUCCCCUUCAACAAAGAUCAUGGACGAGGAAGCGGUGACCCGAAACGACAAUCCAGAGACUGAGGAGACCGAGGCUGUGGUGACAGAAAAAGAGCGCAAAACUCUUCAGGAGGAGGUAAAAAAGGCUCAUGGCAAGAAUUCGGAGGGCAAGCCGCAACCAACUGCCAAAGUCGUUGGUGUCAUCAAGCGCAGCUGGCGUCAAUAUGUGGGACAUGUGGAUUCGAACUCAACCGGGUCCCAGGCUGCUUCGGGUCGGCGGCAACAAACGAUCUUUGUGCUACCUAUGGAUAAGCGGGUGCCUAAGAUCCGGGUACGCACUAGACAAGCCGGUGAUCUACUUGGCCAGCGCAUUCUCGUCACCAUUGAUUCUUGGAGUCGCGAUUCUCGUUAUCCUAGUGGUCACUUCAUCCGUUCUCUGGGAGAAUUGGAGACGAAAGGUGCCGAAACGGAGGCUUUACUCCUGGAACACGACGUUCAGUACAAGCCAUUUGCCAAAUCCAUUCUGGAUUGUCUGCCUGUGGAGGGACACGAUUGGAAGGUGCCUGCAUCCAAGGAGGAUAAAGGCUGGAAGGGGAGGCGAGAUCUCCGAGAUCUUCUUAUCUGCAGUAUCGAUCCGCCAGGCUGUCAAGACAUCGAUGAUGCCUUGCAUGCACGACCCCUCCCCAACGGAAACUUCGAAGUUGGUGUUCAUAUUGCAGACGUGUCGCACUUCGUUAAGCCGAACAACCCAAUGGACCUUGAGGCGAGUGUUCGCGGAACUACGGUCUACCUCGUCGACAAACGUAUCGACAUGCUUCCGUCGCUACUGGGUACAGACUUGUGCUCCCUCAAACCCUAUGUGGAGCGCUAUGCUUUCUCGGUUCUCUGGGAGGUGACUCCAAAUGCGGAGAUUGUGUCUUCAGACUUCACCAAGUCGGUCAUUCGUUCACGCGAUGCCUUCAGCUACGAACAGGCGCAGCUGCGCAUCGACGACUCAUCGCAGAAUGACGAGCUGACCCAAAGCAUGCGCAAUCUUCUGAAGUUUUCCAAGAUCCUCCGUCAGAAGCGUAUGGAUGCAGGCGCUUUGAACCUUGCGUCUCCAGAGGUCCGCAUCGAGGCAGAUAAUGAUGAAGUUGGUGAUCCGCUGGCAGAUGUCAAAACAAAAGCCAUGCUUGAGACGAACAGUCUGGUCGAGGAGUUCAUGCUUCUCGCCAACAUCACUGUUGCUUCUAAGAUCUACGAUUCUUAUUCGCAGACAGCCUUACUUCGUCGUCACGCUACUCCCCCACCACAGAAUUUCGAAGACCUCAUCAACCAAUUGUCGAAGAAGCGGAAUAUGGAGCUCGAUGUUUCUAGUUCCAGAGCUCUUGCCGACUCUCUCGACCGCUGCGUUGAUCCUAAGAAUCCUUUCUUCAACACCCUCGUCCGUAUCCUCGCAACCCGAUGCAUGACCUCUGCCGAAUACUUCUGCGCUGGGGCGCACGCCGAGUCUGAAUUCCGUCACUAUGGUCUGGCGUCGCCUAUCUAUACCCACUUCACCUCGCCGAUCCGACGGUAUGCCGACCUGCUCGUCCACCGACAACUCGCCUCUGCUAUUGGCUAUGAGGGCGAAGACGGACGCGCUGUCAUCGAAGGAACCAGCACGCGCAGCAAGCUUGAGGACAUCUGCCGUAAUAUCAACUAUCGACACCGCAAUGCACAGUUUGCCGGCCGUGCCAGUAUCGAAUACUACGUGGGCCAGGCACUCAAGAAGCGCGGUGAGAAUUUAGCCACUAAGGGCGGUGACACGGGCACCGAAGAGGAAGGGUAUGUGAUGCGCGUGUUCGAGAACGGCGUCGUUGUCUUCGUUCCACGGUUCGGUAUUGAGGGCGUGGUUCGUCUCGAGGACUUUGUGCUUCCCGGUGAAUCUGGCAUCCGAUCCGUUGCGGAAAGACGCGAGCUGGCUGUGCAUCGCACGACAGACUUUGAUAAUGAGGAGUACACCCUCCGAGUCCAGGAGAAGGGCCACUCGGAGAAAGAAAGAGGCAUGCUCGUGGAACUCUUCCAAAAGGUAAAGGUCAAUGUUAACUCGGUCAAGGAAGAAGGUCGUGGGGCUGGCAAGAGACGGGUGCGGAUCUUGAUCACUGAGGCAUGA